AUGGCCCUAUCGACCAACUCACCUCCAUCAUCAGACCUCGGCGAACAAGCCAUGAGACACUUGGAAGUGGUGGAACAAUACCAACGCCAAGGCUCGAAUAUCUUUGACGAAUCCACCAAAACCUCAAUUCAAGGUUCAAUUUACAGCGAACAGGAUCGAGAUGUGGGCGCGAGUGUGUACGUGGACUCGGAUGGAAAUUCGAUUUUCAGCCAGUCGGCUGGCAGAAAAAUGACAAAACCCGACAAAUAUACGGCAAGAGAAGGCAUGGAUGAGAGUUUUUACGAGCAGAAUAUGGGGGUUUCGACCUACGAGACCAUGGUGGAGAAGAUGUCCAAGAGCCAGAUUCGACCGGUCGAUAUGAACGCCAACUUUGACAAGAGAUUGGAGAGGACUAAGGUAAGAGUUUGAAAGCUUUUGGGAAAACAAAAUUAUUGUUGAAUGAGAUUUUGAAAAAUUUUGUAGUUUUAAAAUUUUUUUUUAAAAAUUGAAAUUUCGAAAAAAUUUUAAAAUUUUGAAUUUUUUUUGAAAUUUCGAAAAUUACGGCUAAAAAACCUCAGAACGUGACCUCUCCCAACGAUUUCGUUCAUAAAUUUAUGGGCCAGAUGUGCCUCAAGAUAUAUGACAAGAGUAAGGAAUCAGAGACGACCAGAUUAUGUAAACAAAACAUUUUCAAACAAAUUUGCGGAAACUCUAGGGAACGUUUGAUCGGAACGUGUUCCAGGCUUCUUUGUCGUUCUGCUAAUGCGAUUUGGCCAAAUUUUGUAUUUUCGGGGUGGAUUCGGGAUUAGUUUUGAGUAUUUUUAAACUUGGGACUUCGGUAGGAAGGGGGUGGAGCAGGGACGUCGUUUGGGGGGGGUGGUUCUUCGGGGUGACUCCCCCCCUCCAGAGCCGAUCCGAAAAAAUUCACGGGUAGUAGGAACGUGCAAAUUGGAAAAAACUUUUUCGAAACAUAGGUGUACAGCUACCUGCGGACCAAAAAAUAUUUUUUUUUAUUUCUACCCUCAUCCCUGCUAGAAAAAAAUUUAAAUUUGUAGCAACGUCUCUGAUCUAACCUUGCUUUCGAGUGGUUUUGUCUCAGCUUUGGUGUAAAAUACGUCUAAAUUUGAAGUUUCUUCGACAUUGUUUUGGAGUAGAUUUGGCCUAAUUUAAACCUAGUUUUAGGCUUAUUUUUAGAGUUUAUUUGAGCUUAUUUUAGAAUAUUUUUGGCUAUUAGCUUGUUUAAAUAACUCUGUGCUCACCUUAACACGAUAAUUUAUUUUGAGAGGGGGCUCAGCUUUAGUUGAUCAAAUUUGCUUUGAAGGGCACAGAAUUAUCUGAACAAAUUUUUUUUAAAGGGGCUUAGAAUUAUUUGAACAAAAUUGCUUUUAAGAGGACACAGAAUUAUUUGAACAAUUUCGCUUUUAACAGGGCACUGAAUUAUUUGAUCAAAUUUGCUUUUAAGCGGGCUUGGGCUGAAGUAGUAGAAUUUUAAAUUUUUACGAUUUUUUCGUUAACCGAGUUAUUUUUGAGCAUAGGGUAUCAAUUGAAAUGACUUUUUGGAUUUAUGUGAUUCUCCUUCUAUUUAUUUGGUCUAUAUUGUUGUGUCAAAUGGCGUUAGACCAUAAAAAAGAAGGUUAGCUAAAAGCAUAUGGAACGGUUUAGAAGGUUUUUGAAUUUAGAUUUUAAGACUAAAUUUUUGAAAUUUUGAAUUUUUUUUUGGUUUUACCUCCCUCUCCCUUCCCCCCCCUUCCUCUAGAAAAAUUCUGUAGCGACGUGCUUGGUCAAACUCCUGUAACGACACCCCUGGCUAAACCUAUUUCCACAUUUCUCGUGCCGUCCCACUGACCAACUGACCAUCCAGAAUAGGUUGUUUUGCCUCGAGGAAAUUGCAAAAAAUUCCCUCGUUAAGCAUCGUUUUAUAUCCCCGUUCGGCCCGAACUCUCUCACUCUCCUCUUCCGGCACGAUCUCUCGCGUUCUCUCGGAUUUUUAUGGAAUUUUACCUCUUCUAUCUCUCGGGCUUCACCUGUUCCCCCAAAGACCUGAAUUUAAUACGACUGGCGGCAAAAUUUUUGAGGAAUGUCGAACAAUCGUAUAAUCUUUGUUGUUUUUUGCAAAUUGUUUUCGACAAUGACCAAAGUUUAGGCAUGGAAAGAAAGUUUUUGCGUUUUUAAUUUGUAAAGAAAUUUACUGCGCUUUUAUGGUUUGUAAAGAAAGUUCUUGCCGUUUUAUCAUUUGUAAAGAAAGUUCUUUUCAUUUUUUGGGUUGUAAUUAAAGUUCUUGCUGUUUUAAACCUUGUAAAGAAAGUUCUUGCCAUUUUUUAAUUUGUAAAGAAAGUUUUAGCGAUUUUAUCAUCUGUAAAGAAAGUUCUUGCUCUUUUUUGUUUUAGAAAAAAAAUUUGCUAUUUUUCGUAAAAACAAGUGAAUUUCGAGGUAGUGCAGGCUGCUGAUGGCAAGUUAUACGAAAGAUUGGUUUUAUGAUUUUGUAAAGAAAGUUCUUGCAGUUUUGUGCUUUGUAAAGAAGGUUUUUGCUAUUUUUUGAUUUGUAAAGAAAGUUUUUGCAGUUUGUGAUUUGGAAAGAAAGUGCUUGUCAUUUUUCGUUUUGUAAAGAAAGUCCUUGCCAUUUCAUGUUUUGUAAAGAAAGUUCUUGCACUUUUUGUUUUUCAAGCCAAGUUUCGUAAGAAAAUCGAAAAAAAGUGAUUAUAUUACUAGAAAUGUCAUAGUAAACCCCUCUAUCAGUAAAGUCAUUUUGUUGCGCGCCAUUACUUUCACCCCCCCCCCUUACUUUAGAGCAAUAUAUAGUAAUAGUUUUUGUUUUUGCGACAAAACUUUUGACAAAGUGUUUAUUGUUUUGAUGUGGAAAGUAAAUAAUCGCGGGUAACCUGCGCGAUUCUUCUUCUAAUUCCGUCGCGAAUUUAGGAACGUUCCUCAACGUCCCCCCAACGUUCUCUCCAAUCCAAACGAACUCUCGCUAAUUUUGCAAUUUUUUGUAUUUCAACGUCUGAACUUGAAGUCGAAUUUGUAAUGUUUUGACUAAUGAACUAGCUAACAUGUACAGUUUUAACUGUUACAACCUGCUUCUGGAGUGAUUGUUGAUUCUGGGGGCUCGCUAGCUAAUUUUGGAGCGAUAUUGUAGUAGAUAAGACUGUUUUUGGUUUAUAUUGUAGUAAACAAACUAGCGUUUGAUCUAUUAUUUGAUCUAUAUUGUAGCAGAUAACGCUAUUUUGGGUACAUAUUGUUGUAGAUAAGGCUAUUUCUAAUCUAUAUUAUAAGAAAGCUAGCUGUUGAUCUAUAUUGUAGUAGAAAGCUAGCUGUUGGUCUACAUUUUGAUUUAUAUUGUAGUAGAUAAGGCUAAUUUGGAUCUAUAUUGUUGUAGAUCAGUCUAUUUUGGAUCUAUAUUGUUGUAGAUAAGGUCACUUCUGAUAUAUAUUGUACUAGACAAGCUAGCUUUUGGAUUUAAAUUGUAGUAGAUAAGGCUAUUCCGGAUCUAUAUUGUAGUGGACAAGCUAUCUUUUGAUCUAAAUUUCGUUUUGUAUUCAAGUAGAUAAGGUUGUUUUGGACCUAUAUUGUAGUAGAUCAGUUCAUUUCUGAUCUAUAUUGUAGUAGACCAGCUCAUUUUUAAUCUAUAUUGUUGCAGAUAAGGCCAUUUUGGAUCUAUAUUGUUGUAGAUUAGGCCAUUUUUGGAUCUAUAUUAUAGCAGAUCCGCUUAUUUUAUGAUCUAUAUUUGAGUAGAAAAGCUAAUUAUUGAUCUAUAUUGCAGUAGAUAAGGCCAUUUAUGAUCAAUAUUGUAGUAGGCAAUCUACUGUUGGAUCUGACUUUCCUUUUCAAUCUAUAAUAGUACUAAUACUGUGCUAAAUAUAAACUUAAACGGUGAAAACUCAUUAGACCUAUCUUGUAAAAAGUCUAAAGAAAAGACUUUUAAAAAUUAUUUCCGAGAGUACGAUGCUCCCGAGUACGUCUCACGCUUCUUCGGAACAGAAGAAACGAAAACGCAAAAAGUCGUUGGUCGUAAUCCAUCGAAUCGUCAUCAAUACUGAGGUAGAGUAAGAAAUCUUGGAUUACUCUGGCCUAACGCCUUUGGAAUACGUUAGGCCAGAGUAAGCCUAAAGUCUAGACUAAUAAGGAAAGUAGCCGACCUGUCCCGCUCUGAUUAACUUUAAACUUUUUAUACAGAAAGACCAUGUCAGAUAAGAUCUUCAGCAAAGUACUAAAUCGCGUUUUCUAGGAGAUUUUGAGAAAAUCGAGAGUAAAAGUUUAAGUUUUGAAAUUCCCGCCAAAUUGGCAUUGUGUUUCAAGCUUGUAACUUGCUCAUUUUUUGACUUUUAAUAAUUUUUCUUUGAUAUUCUAGUAGAAAACCUUUAAAUGAACCUACAUUUUUAAAUUUGUAAGCAUAGCUUGGCUGGAAAGUCGAAAAAAGUGCUUGAAACACAAUGCCAAAUUUGCUAAAUUGGUGGUAAAUUCAAAUAUUUAAAGUUUAAAACUCAAAAACGCGAGUUAAAAUUUUUUAUGGGUACUGUUGGUGGUACAAUGAAUUCAUAUUAAAAUUUUGACCUGCUUCUGAACGAGGCAGGUUGGGUACUUUGCUUGUAAAUUAAGAAAAAAAAAUUUUUAAUUUAAAAAUUUUUAAAAAUAAAAAAUUUUUUUAAAUCUUCCAGAUUUUAUAGUAGACAAGCUUUAAUAUAAGAACAACGUUAAAAGUACCUAAAUUUUUUAAUUUCAGGAAAUUGAAGUAGUCCCUCUGCCUUCUGGUCAGUCUCAAGCUUCAUCAGCACGCCAAAGCGAAGAGAAGGAUGUAUCUCACAGUAGUGAUACCCAAUCCUUUGUCACUCCACGCGAAACUCCAGAAAAGGAUUCGACUUCUGAAGCCACGGAUUCACAGUUGUUGGCUUCUGUAAGCAAGUCGGCUCAUUGGACGGAUUCUGAAGGCAAAUCUGGUCGUGUAGCGGAUUCUGAAGCUAAGUCGGUUUCUGUAACGGAUUCAGAAGCAAAAUUAGUUCAUUUAACGGAUUCUGAAGCCAACCACCACAACUCGGACGAUGAUUUUGUUAUGGUAGACAAAGACGACGUCAAACCAGAAGCAGAAGACGAAGAAGAUCAAAGCGGAAGUGACAAAGACUUUGGAGUUGAAGCCGAGCUCGAAGCCAAUGUGAAGGAAGUGGAGCUGAGAAAGAAGCGAGAGAGUGAAGAAAAGCCUUCAGAAGGCGACGGAAAGGACCUGAAAAGCCCUGAAAGCCAAGAGUUGGAAGCCUCGGACCGUGCUCACAAGCUGGACGCCAACAAAUUGGUUUCAGAAUCCCAAACUACAGAAAUUCAGAGAAGCAAUGUGGGCAUCGGAGCCGUUCAGUCAACUUCAGAAGCCAGCACGGAGGCUUCAAAGCCAACAAUGAGCUCUUCCGAAACCAUGACGGAGCAAAUGACUUCAGAAUCUAUGGCUACACAAUCUGAGGGUCAUAAUAUGGGCACGAUGGCUACACAAUUCGAAGGCCAUAAUAUGGGCACGAUGGCUACACAAUCUGAGGGUCAUAACACAGGCACGAUAGCUACACAAUCAAACGAAGCAGCUACAGGAUCUACCGUCGAUCAAAAAUCAACAGACUCCGCGGCUACACAGUCCGAAGCACCAAAGUUAGCGUCCAAGACAAGCGAAACUUCAGCAGCUUCACGCUCAACAGAAGUCGGUCUUCAAACAGCUCCGCCUGAAGCGGACUCUCGAAAUGAAGCGAUUCAGGAGCUGAACGAUCUCCGGAAUGCACUGGAGAAUUGGCUGGAGGAAUCGGAAGACUUGAUGCACAGUCAGCGAGCACCAAGUGCCGAUCCGAAGGUGUUGAGAGCUCAACUUCAAAGCCAUGAUUUGUAUAUUAAACUUGUCGAUGAUAAGCAGGAGAGGUGGGUUUGGGAUUUUAAAAUUGAAUUUAAAAUUAUUUUUUAAUUUUUUAAAAGUUAAAAUUUAAAAAUUUUUUUUAAAUUUACAAAAAACUUAAAGUUUUCAUAAAAAUUUCAAAAAUGGAAAUUUUUUAUAUUUAAGUUACAAAAAAAAAUUUUUUAAUUUAAAAAAAAAUUUUUUUUAUAAAAAUUUCAAAAAUGAAAUAAAUUUAAAUUUUUAAAUUUGAACAAAUUUUUAAAAAAAAAUUUUUUUUAUUUUAAAAAUGAAAAUUUUGAUUUUUGCAAAUUUAACCGAAUCGAAAUGGUAUUACAGCCCCAUUUUAAACCGACGAACCCCCCUUAAUGAGAUAAGGGAUCAGCGAAAAUAACUUACCUUUUUGGUGAGACUCGCGCUUUCGUUUUUAUAAACAAGAUGUUGGAGGGGAAUCGAUGAAAUACCUAAAGUUUUGUAGUUUUAAAAACAUUAUGUGGGCUCUAAUUUUUUUUUGGCUGGGCUGGGCAUUUUCCAUCUUAAUUUUUAUAGUACCAAUAGCGCUAAUUUUAAAAAAUUGUCAAAAAAGGGUGAAAAAUGAGUCAUCUUUAGCAAUAAAAUACGGAAAAAAUUGGGGUUUGAGCUGUUUUUGCAUUAGAAACGAGGAUUUUUAAAAUUUUAAAAAUUUAUUUUAACCACAUUAACCAGGACUUGAUUCCCAUGCCUACAUGAGAGUUCAUUUUAAUGCCUCAAGACUUCAUUUCAUUGCCAUUUGUUUCAGCAUCACCAAGUUCCUGCGCAUGGUGGAGUAUCAUGACGACGCCGACCUCCGUGACGGCGCCGCUUCCAUCGACGCACGCUAUUUGUCGCUGAUUCGCGGCGUCCACGAACGACGCCAGAAUCUGUCGGAUUCGUUGGCGUUAGCUGAGGAAUUCCAUCAACUAGCAGGACCACUAAAACAAUGGGUACAGGACACAAGGAAGAAGAUCACUCAACUCUGCAAAGUGGUCACGACUCCAGAGGAAAUCGACCGGAAUCUGGUGCGGCAGGAACAGCUGCAGGUAGGACUGGAGGGAUAUGGUUAGGGCUGGAUGGAGGUUAUUAGGGUUAGAGGGGUGUUAUUAGGUUGUUCAAAUAAUUCAGUGCCCUCUGAAAUAAAAUGUGUUCAAAUAAUUCUGAGCCCUUCUGAAAAAAAAUUGUUCAAAAAAUUCAGAGCCUCUGAAUGAAAAUUUGUUCAAAUAAUACUGAGCCCUUCCAAAGAAAACUUGUUCAAAUAAUUCUGAGCCCUUUCCAAAGAAAAUUUGUUCAAAAAAUUAUGAGCCCCUUCUCAAAUUAAUGUUUGGGGUUCGGGGACACAGAAUUAUUUGAAAAACCUAUAGUUUUAAGAAUUUGUGAUAUAAUCAACCAUUAAACCCAAUAAAUCGACCACUUUUCAGCUGGAAAUCGACGGAAAACGGGAACGCUUCGACGAACUGGUCGGUCUCUACGUCGAGUUGGGCAAGUACGUUGGCUCGGACGAUGAGAACGAGCUGGACGCCCAAGUCCGCAACCUCACCACCCACUACGAUGCGCUAGGCCAACGAUGCCUGAACUGCGGGAUGGCAUUGCGCAACUUUAGCCAAGACAUGAGCAACUUCCUGGCCGAUUCCGACGAACUGGCCGACUGGUUGACACAGGUCGAAGACGAGUUUGAACGAAUGGAACAAACGCCGUUGGAUGGAGAACAGCUGGUCAGGAUUAGCGACGAGUUUUCGGACCUAGCCAGCGCCAUCAGCGAACGCCAGUCCACCGUCCUUCGCAUCGUCGAUGAAUCCCGCGAACUCUGCGCCCACACUUCCGGCUCCGAAGCCAUGCAGAUGUCGGCAAGAAUCGAUCGCCUCCAAUCACGAUACAACGACCUUCUGAAUCAAUCCAUGAAACGCAUCGACAUCCUAGCUCAAGCCAUCCAAAUCAGCAACGAACUGACCGAAAUGGUGGAGCAAUCCGAGGAAUUCCUGGACGAUUGUGACGACACUUUCUACCUACUAGACGAAGUAACAGUAGACGAACAAGUGGAAGCCCUGAUCGGCCUGGAACAAAUGCUAGAAAGCAAUGCCGAGCUGGUCGAGGAGGUGGAGAAGGUAUCGAUGGAGCUACGAUCACUGACCAAAGGCGCCGACGAAGUGGAAUUGAUCAAACGAUCCGACGAACUGAGGGAGCGAUUCGCCGCCGUACGAGCACUCAUCGACGAACGACUCCGCCGCAUCGAGAACGCCGACCAAACUCAACGUGAAACCUUCACCGCGGUCGAUUACUGGCUAGAGUUCUUCGAAGAAGCACUGGCUCAAACCGCCGAUGCGGAACAACCACCAGCCGAUCUACACCGAAUCAAAGAGCUGUGCCUAGAACAACGUGCCCUCAACGAACGGAUGGCGUCGGAACGUGCCGGCGUCCGUGAUCUGAUCGCAGAAGCACAGCGAAUCGCCCGGGACCAAAACCUGACCAUGGAGAACAAUCCCAUCGAAGCCAAGCUAGUCCGGCUGAGAUGGCUGAUGGGAGAAGCGGCCAAGUCCGGCGCCGAACGACUAGCCAUCCUUGAGCAAACUGCCCACCUCUUGCGCAGCGAAGUGAUGCCUGAGUAUGAACAAAUUCGAAUGAAACAAGAAUUUGGCCAAGGAGUUCAGAGGGAGGUACGAAACGAGUUAGCAGCUCAACGGCACGAUCAACCAUCUCAAUUUAACUACCCACCGUCCCAACGGAACGACCAACCGUCCCAACAGAACGAUCGGUCGUCUCAAGAUAUUCAUUCAUCGUUCCAACAGAUUGACCAACAGUCCCAACAGAACAACCAACUACAACAACAAACAGCCCCACCGUCCCGCUUCGAAAAAUGGCAGAUCUACCUGGAUGAAGCGGCCCUAAAGCUAAACAAACCACUCGGUGCACUGGUCGAAACUGUCCAAACCCAACUACAAGAUCUGGACAAGUUGUCCAACGAUCUGGCCGAAAACGAACCCUUCUUCCGCCAAGACUUGGCCGAUUCCACGGCCACAAAAGCCGAAUCUCAGGAAGCGGCCACAAGCCUCGAUUCCACCUUUACAGGCCUGAAAGAGAAGCUCCUCCAACGACAUUCACAACUCGAACAAGCCAUGGAGGAAGCGGUCCAACUCGAAGGUCAGCUGGAAAGCCUCACCAAGUGGACCACGGCGGCCGAACGAGCUCUAGCCAAUCAACCACCCUUCUCACGCCGACCGGACAAACUUGAAGCCGGCUUGGCCGAUCAACAAAACUUCUUGGAGAAGGUCCAAGAGCAGAAGUUGAAGCUGAACGAUCUUAUUCAAGCUUCGACCAAGGUUCAGUUCAAAUGCGACAAAAAGGAUGGGAUCUAUGUCAAGAAUCAGGUGGUCACCUUGAAGAAUAAACUUGAGAAGACUAGCCAGAAUGCGAAUGAAAGGGCCAAGGGUAAGAUUAUAGACUUUUUUUUACAAAACAUCUAAACCACCCUUUUUUAGCUAUGAAAUUCCCUCUAAUCCCUAUUUUUAGCCAUGGAAACCGCCCUAACUGAGAUCCAAAGCUACCUGACCGAUUCACAAAAACUGUCCGAAUGGACAAAACACCAAGUCGAGCACCUCAACUCGGAGCCAAUCGACUCAACCGCCGAACGAAUCAAAGCCCAAGUGGAACAACAUAAAGCAUUCCUGGACGAGCUAGUCGCCCGACAAGAAACCGUGGAUAUUAUCCAUGGUGCAGGACAAGUAUUGGCCGAACGAGCCCCGAAAGAAGACAAAAAAUGGUUCCAUCAACAGAAAGAACAUCUCAAAGCCGACUGGGCCAGCCUACAACAAGCGGCCAAACAGAAAACCAAAGACCUGGACGAAGCAUUGGCCGCCUCAGGCCAAUUCGAAGACGGCCUUCUGAAGCUGGUCGAAUGGAUCGACCAGAAAUUGCCAGUCCUGGAGAAGGAACUCGAAGACGGUCGAUUCGGAGGUGACAUGGAAACGGUAGAUAAGCUAAUAAUCGAGAAUAACGAGCUAGAACAACAGCUGAACCAAAAGCAGAAAGUCGUCGAGAUAAUACGAUCAAGAUCCAUCGAAAUCCUAUCAGAAUCUGGAGACGAAGAAGCCCAACAGAUCAAGAACAAGAUCGACGAACUCGAGAACAAGUGGUUCAGACUGGGCAAAGCGGUCCAACUCAAAGGCAACAACCUCAACAUGGCCAUCAACGAAGCCGUGGACGCAACAGAAUCUGCCAAAGAACUGAACGAUGAAUUGAACAAAAUCGAAGCCAGAAUCCGAAGAGAAACCUCACAAACCACGGACGACGCCGAGAACUCAAGGCUAGCCUUGGAGAAGCUGGUCGAUAUCAAAAAUGCAUUCGAAAAAGAAGCCGAACUCUACAACAAGCUGCUAGGUGUCAUAGACAAUAUCAACCCAAAAGCUCAUCCAAAAGCCCAACCAAACCUACAACAUCUGGCCGAUCAAGCGGCCGAACGAUGGGAUCAAGUGGCGGCAUUGAUCGACGAAAGAAUCAAACAAGCCCAAGAUCAAUACAACAACCUGACAGUCAACGAUGAGAAUCUGAAGAAGUACACGGAGAUGGCCGAAGACGCGGCCAAAACCAUCGAACAGACCAAUGAUAAUGCACAGACGGCCGAAAACCUAGAAGAUAUCGUGGAACUGAUCCUGAAACAUGAUGAAUUCAAGAAACAGCUCAGGCAGGAACAGCCGAACAUAGAGAAGGUCGUGGAGGUUGGCCAAGGACAAAAGGCAUCGAACGAUGUGAUCAAGAUCCCAAAGAGGAUUCAACAGAGAUUUGGAAUUGGUUCAGGGGUUAAAAAGUCGUUGAAUCCAAAGGAAAAGAGGUAUGAUUACUGGUAGGGAGGAAAAAGUUUGAUUGAAAUGUUAUUAUAAUGAUUAUCAGCCGAAAGUAUGGGAUAUUACCCAAGGUAGAGGUCGAGAAUGUUGAGUUAGAGAAGGUUAUGGCCUUGAAAAUUGAUUUUUCUGGCCGAAUUUUUAGAUAAUUUACAUUUUUAGGUAAUAAAAAUUGAAUAAAUUUUUGAAAUCAAUACCAUCAACAACAUUUUCAGAUCGAAACGCCAAAAACAAGCCGACCAGUUGGAAGAACAAUGGCAACAAAUCUGGAAAAACGCGGUAGAACUCGAGGAACACCUGAAAGAACGACGUGCUCACGUCGAAGAACUCCAGCGUCUAGAAGACUUCACCUUUGCCGAUUGGCGUGACAGAUACCUAAAAUGGAUCGACGCCACCAAAGCCCGGCAUUCCGACCUCUUCAGACAAAUCGACCGAAACGGCCAAGGUCACGUCACUCGACAAGAGUUCAUUGAAGGCGUCCUGAAGACCAAAUUCCCAACAACAAGGCUGGAAAUGGAGAAGGUGGCGGAUCAAUUCGAUCGAAAUGGCAUGAUCACUUCGAAGGAGUUCGCAAAUGCUUUGAGAUAUGUUGAUAUAAAGAAGGUAAGGGGGAGUUCGAUGGCGUUUUUGAAGGACAUGAUGUAGGUAUUCGAUACCAUGUUUGCCAUAAAGUCCUCAUAAUUCCCUUUUCAUUUUAUUUCAAUUAUAAAAGACCCAAUAAAUUAACUAAAAGAAGAAAAACUUGAAAAAUUUAACAUUUUGACCAUUCCAGCACCGUCUACCAGCCGCUCCAGGGCCUUCAACCACGCCAAGAAGACAAAUCGCCAUCGGCCUAACCAAAUCUCCAACCCAAGUCAAAGUAGAAAAGGAGAAAAUCGCAAAGGAAAUCACUAAAGAAAGCGAGAGGUGUAAAUGCCACAAUCAUUUCAAGGUAAGAGGGAAAAAAGAUGUUGUUUUAGGUAGAAAAGGGGGCCUUUUAGCGGAAAAAAAUGUUGUUUUAGGUAGGAAAAGGGUUUAUUGGGGCAGUUUUUGGUGAAGAUAAUUUUGAGAAUGGAUUUUUAUCUUUAGUUUUUGUAUUUUUGGGGAUGCGCAAAUAGGUUUUUGAUUUUAAAACAUCGAUAAUAUUAACAUAGACAUAAAAAGCGAAAAAUUUUUUUACGAUUUUUGAAAAAAAAAAGAAUUUAAUAACGUUUUUAAUCACAUAUGGUCUAAAAAUGACAGUAUUUACUCAAAAAUCCAAGAAAGAACGACGAAUUUUGGUUAAAAUUGCGAAAAACCCUAAAAAAGCGCGAAACUUGUCUUUUGAUUGGGUUUCGCAAGCCCCUCUCGAAGAGAGAAAAGCAAUAAGACUCCCGUUUGCUUCGGGAAGAGCCGCAGCAGCGUGGCGCAGUGGAAGCGUGCUGGGCCCAUAACCCAGAGGUCGGUGGAUCGAAACCACUCGCUGCUAAUCGUUUUUUGCUGGGAUUUUUUCGAAAUUUUUUGAACUUUUUUGAAUUGGCAUUGUAUUGGCAUGUGGUUACAGUAUUGUAGGGACUAUUUGGAGUAUUUUUAGAGUAGUUUUUGUGGUUUUAAAGGGGUGGAAAUGGUAUUUUUGGGGUUUUUUGGAGAAAUUUUGGAAAAGAUAAAGGGGUUGUUAAGGUUUUUGAUGGUUUUUAGGUAAUAUAAAUGUAGUUUUGCACAAAAAUAGUAUCGAAAUGAGAUGUAGAAUAUCAGCUUUUUAUAAAAAUGACAUUUCAGAUCCAAUGCGACCGCGAAACCAAGGGUGGUGCGGUGAAAUACGCGUUCGGAGACUCUCAAAUGAAGCGAAUGGUACGAAUUCUGCACUCUACGGUAAUGGUACGAGUUGGUGGAGGCUGGGAAGAGCUGUCCAGCUUCCUAAAAACUCACGACCCAUGCCGUGCCAAAGGACGAACCAAUAUCGAACUGAACCACGGCCACGAAUUUGUUAUGCCAGCGGUCACGCCCUUGGGCGCCAACGACGUAAUGGGCACGUUUGGUACCAGGAAGAGCUCGGCUGGUACAAGUAGUGGACGAAGCACACCGAGGAAGUUUGUCAAGUACAAUGUGGACGAUUGGGACAAGGUCAAUCAGGGACCGGUUAUUAAGGUGAGUGGUAUGGGGGUUGAAGUUUUUUGAGGGGGGGGGGGGGGGGGUAAUGGAUUUUUUCUUUAUCUGAUUUAAUGAAAAAAUGAUUAAAAUCAACAAAAAAGGGGGAUUAAAUGCGAAAAGUGCCAUUAUUUAUUAACAUUUGUUUCGAAUUCGAAAUGUUGCAGGUGAGAGAGAAGACCGAGCGAAGUGUGCCAAUGUUCAAAAAGCCCCUAACUCCAAAUUCGUCAUUGAAUUCGAGCCGAAUUUACUCAAGACAGGCCAGUGAUCUGAGUGCUAAAGGUAAGGGAUUGCGAUUGAUUUUAGUUUUAAAAAUUUAAAUUUUGGAAAUCUUUGGUGUUUACAGGGGUUGGAAAGAAAGUUUUGGCUUUUUUUAGCUUUUGGAAAGAAAGUUUUGGCGUUUUUACAGUUUGUAAAGAAAGUUCUUGCUGGUUUUUGGUUUGGAAAGAAAGUUAUUGUCAGUUUAUGUUUUGGAAAGAAAGUUCUUGUCAUUUUUUAGUUUUUAAUUAAAGUUUUGGCAUUUUUUGUUUUUGGAAAGAAAGUUAUUGCGAAUUUUUUGAGAUAUAAAGAAAUUUUUCAUUUCUGCAGGCUGCGUGUGACAAAUUAUACGAAAAAUGGGUUCUUUCGAUUUGGAAAGGAAUUCUUUGCAAUUUUAUGUUUUGUAAAGAAAGUUAUUGCUAUUUCUUACUUUGGAAACAAAGUUCAUGCUUUUUCAAUUUCAGUAAAGAAAUUUUUUGUUAUUUCUGAAUUUGUAAAGAAAGUGUCUUCAUGUUUCAUGUAAAAUUAGCUUUGCUUUACUAAACUUUUCAUUUUCAGACGGCUCAACCACCAAGAUCCCCCGCCCCCUAUCAUAUCAGAACUUGGCCCAAUCAGCCUCGAGGCCAUCGAGCAGAGCCAGCGACGUGUCCGAAGCCUCGGGCACACCGUCACGCCUUCCUAGAAAGACGCCGUCACGCUCCGAAUCCAGAAAUUCAUAA